AGGGACUCAGCCGACUCACCCUGAGGGCUGAGAGAGCGGAGAGGAGGCGGAGGAACAGGAAGAGCUCUGAGAGGAGUACGGGAGGAAGAGGAGAGAGGAAGAGGAGGAGGAAGAGCUCUGAGAGGAGUACAGGAGGAAGAGGAGAGAGGAAGAGGAGGGGGAGGAGUCAGAAGGAAGAGGAGGAGGAGGGGAAUCUGUCCUUAGAGAGUAGCACCACGCUGAUCGACACGUUACAGCCCCCACAAUGCAACAGUAGAGAGCCAAGUCGUGAUCCGGUUGCGGAGAGGUUUGUUCAGCUGGGUUGUCUGGGAGGCGGAGGCUACGGGAUCGUCUACGCUGGUUACCGCAGAGAAGACAACCUACCUGUGGCUAUAAAACGUGUCCCCUUGGCCAAAGUGUUACGCAUACCGGUGACUCGGGAUGGACAGCAGGUGGAGUUUCCCUUGGAGGUGGUGUUACUGCGGAUCGUGGGAGGUAGGGGUGAGGCUACGGGGGAGGGGAUGGGUGAGGUUGUCCCUCCUCCCCGUGCUGCAGUGGCCUUGCUGGACUGGUUUGAGCUGGAUCGGGAGUUGGUGCUGGUUCUGGAGAGACCAGUUCCCUGUAUGGACCUCUAUGACUACAUUCAGAUGAGAGGAGGAACUCUGCAGGAGGAACACGCCAGGGUCAUUCUGAGGCAGCUAGUUGAAGCGAUGAGAGAGGUCCAUUCCAGAGGUGUUCUCCAUCGUGACCUCAAACCGGAGAACGUUCUAGUAGAAACCGGUUCCACCUCGCCUCGGAUCAGGGUCCUAGACUUCGGCUGCGGCUGCAUUCUCAGAGAUGGGCCUUACACAGAGUGUUACGGUACGUCCCAGUACACCCCUCCAGAGUGGUUUCUGAGUGAGUCGUACCGGGCCGGUCCCUCCACAGUGUGGCAGCUGGGGGUUGUGCUGUACGACAUGCUGUGUGGUGACCAGCCCUUCAACACACGACGAGAGAUCAUCUAUGAAGAGCCUUACAUCAAGGACCAACUGUCCAGACACUGUGUGGAUCUGUUGAGGAGGUGUCUGGCGAAGCGACCCCGAGGACGGCCCACUCUGGACGAGAUGUUACUCCACCCCUGGCUCCAGCCGGACACACCCCCCGGCUCCAUCCGGACACGCCCCCUGGCUCCAUCCGGACACGCCCCCUGGCUCCAGUGAACCGGACACUCCUCCUGGACAGACCUGCAGCUUGUCACCUGAACCCGACAUAAACAUAGAUUUUUAAAACAUUUUUUUUAACCGUCUUUGAAAAUUGACUCCUUCAACGUGAAAAUAUAAACUUUGAACAAAUAUCAUACUUUUAUCAUUCAUGAUUUGUUACUCUAUCACACACACACACACACACACACACACACACACACACACACACACACACACACACACACACACACACACACACACACACACACACACACACACACACA